AAAAAAGAAAGACGAGGCGGGAGCAACAAAAAACCAAAAGAAAAAUCGGGCGCGGUGAAAAGAUUGUAGGAAAACAUGAAGAUUUUGUGUUGUUUGCGCAUGUCUCCAGCGUUUCUGCCGUCGUGCGUGCGUGCGUGAAUAAAAAAAAAACGGCAAGCGGCCAACACGGACGAGAACGCCGCGUCGUUUAGUGGACGGGUGAGAAAAGGGGUGAAAAAGUAAACAUUGCGUGUAUGAGUGUCGUCAGUCGCGAGUUCUACCCCCGUUCAACAGUGCCUUACCACGGUUCCGUCGUGGCUUUUUCCCGUGCUUUCCCGUGACGAAAAUCCGCCCCAAACUUCCCGAACCAGAUCUUCCUACAGCAAUUAAAUGAAACAUCUUUCCGACACGGCACCAUCAAAAUCCAAGUAACAAUUGUACGCGGGGAAGAAGUCUAAAUCAUCGACGUGUCAAUCACCAGGAACACACAAAAAACGACACAGUUUCACUGAGGCAACCUCCGCUAGAGUAUUCACAACUUCCUUCCCAACCAUUCAUACGAAACGAAUUCGAAGCAAUAAUUACAUGUGUGUGCGUGUGUGCGCGUUAAACGAACGAAAAAAGUGUCUUCUAGAUGUGUUUUAUGUUUUUUAAGUGGUUUAGUGUUUUAAUAGUAAUUUAAAUUCGAAACGAUAAGCUCUAAGGGGGCAGCAUUUCUUCAAACGAUCGUCAGGGUGGACAACGAAGACUGUUGGACAUAACACGGACUACCUUUGCGGUGCUAGCUAACGUGCGUCGUUAAUCCGUCGGGCGAGUUGGGAGUGGCAGCAAGUAGCACGCUAUCGAGGAUUCGAUCAAUAACUGCAGCAGCAGGAUCAGCAGCAGCAACCAUAGUACCGUGCUCGGCCAUUUCGGUGCGACCACAAUGUCGGCGCUAUCGUUACGGAUUAGCCUCGAAGGAGGCCGGGUGACAAAGACGAUACAGUUCGAUCCGAACACGACCGUGUUCGAUGCGUGCCGUAUCAUCAAGGACAAGUUCGCCGACGCGGUUCAAGGGACGGCGCAGGAGUUUGGUCUUUUCCUGGCCGACGAUGACACCCGACAAGGGGUGUGGUUGGAGCCGGCCCGCAACCUUGGCUACUACAUGCUACACAAUCUCGAUGUGCUCGAGUACCGGCAGAAGCACAGGACGCUGCGCGUCCGCAUGUUGGAUGGUGCCCUCAAGACGAUCCUGGUCGACGACUCGCUCCCCGUUUCGCAGCUGAUGGUCGUCAUCUGCACGAAGAUCGGCAUCACCAACCACGAGGAGUAUGGAUUGGUGCGCGAGGAUCCGGAAUCGCAGAAUGAAAAUCAGCCCGACAAUCGGUCCAACACCGGUACGCUGACGUUGCGGCGCAAGGCGCAGGAAAAGGAACGCGACACGAAGAUGGAGAGCUUGCGCAAGAAGCUCCGCACCGAUGACGAGAUCAACUGGGUCGAUGUCGGUAAAACGCUGCGGGAGCAGGGCAUCGACGAGCAGGAGACGGUCCUGUUGCGGCGCAAGUUCUUCUACUCCGAUCAGAACAUUGAUUCGCGCGAUCCGGUGCAGUUGAAUCUGCUGUACGUGCAGGCACGCGAUGCCAUCCUGGACGGUACGCACCCGGUGACGCAGGAUAAGGCCUGUGAGUUCGCUGGCAUCCAGGUACAGAUACAGUUCGGUGAUCAUAACGAAGCGAAGCACAAGGCCGGAUUUCUGGAUUUGCGUGAAUUCCUGCCCUCGUCAUACGUGCGCACGAAGAACAUCGAGCGGAAGAUAUUUGCCGAGCAUCGGAAGCUUAUCGGUUUGUCCGAUCUCGACGCUAAGUACCGGUACACGAAGACGGCGCGCGAGCUACCGACCUAUGGUGUCACGUUUUUCCUCGUGAAGGAGAAGAUGAUGGGCAAGAACAAGCUCGUACCGCGAUUGCUGGGCGUUACCAAGGACUCGGUGCUCCGGCUAGAUGAGCUGACGAAGGAAAUCCUUAAAUCGUGGCCACUAACGACCGUGCGACGAUGGGGAGCCUCACCGAACACGUUCACGCUGGACUUUGGGGAUUAUGCCGAUUCGUACUACUCCGUGCAGACGACGGAAGCGGAGCAGAUUGUUCAGCUGAUCGCUGGCUAUAUCGAUAUCAUCCUGAAGAAGAAACAGGCAAAGGAUCACUUCGGUAUCGAGGGUGACGAGGGUUCGACGAUGGUAGAGGAAAGUGUUGCUCCUUCAAAGGCUACCUUCUUGCAGCAUGAGGAAACGAACAAAUCGGGCCGGGUGGAAACACAUUCGAUCGCCAAACCGGCCGUGAUGCGGGGUAGCGACGGAGAACGUCCAUACGGUACAGGCGAGAUGCAAUCGGUUCAAUAUGGUGCCAUCGUCGGUCAGGUUAAUUUGGCCCAUCAACCGCCAAUGUUGCAACAAACGCGUAUCAGCUCGGUAAUGUCGGAACCACAGCGUGCGCUUCUCGGCUACAUUUCCGCCGGUCAAGAUGCACUGAACCAAGCAGAAAAGGAUCUCGAGACGAAGGUGCAACUGCCACCGCUCGGUACCGAUCCGGGCUCGCUACAGUGGCGCGAAGAAACGCUCGACACUUCGAAGCAAACCGUCACCACGCAUCUGGCCACGAUGAACGCGGCAACCGCUCAGGUCGUAACGGCAUCGCAACCGGAUGAGAUCGAUCACGAGGCCGUUGGUGCGGCCGUAUCGCAGAUCACUCAAAGCAUCCCGGAGGUUACGAAGGAGGUUCGCUUGAUUGCGGCCCUGAUGGAUGACGACUGCACUGGCGAUAAGUUGCUCGAAGCGACGCGCAAACUGUGCAACGCAUUCAGCGAUCUGCUGAAAUCGGCCGAACCGGAGAGUAAGGAACCGCGCCAGAAUCUGCUGAAUGCGGCGACACGCGUUGGCGAAGCGAGCGGCCAAGUGCUGAGCACGAUCGGUGAAGAGAGCAUCGAGAGCCGCGAGCUCCACGAUAUGCUGCUCAGCUUGGCAAAGGCCGUCGCCAACACAACGGCCGCGUUGGUACUCAAGGCGAAGUCGAUCGCAGCCGUAACGGAGGAUGAGACAACUCGCAAUCGAGUGAUUGGUGCCGCUAGUCAGUGCGCACUGGCAACGAGCCAGCUGGUGGCGUGUGCCCGUGUCGUUGCACCGACUAUCCAGAGUCCGGCCUGUCGUGAGCAGCUGGAAGCGGCUGCUCGUGAGGUUGCCAAAGCGGUUGCUAAUCUAGCCGAGGUGUGCAAUGAAGCGACCGACAAUCAGCAACUGCGUGGCGAUUUGACUGCUGCUGCAAAGGACGUUUCGAAAUCGUUGGCUGAUUUGCUGGAACACAUUAAGCUUAGCACCCGCGAGAAGGCACGCCGUGUGGAGAACGAAAAUCCGGUCGAUAAUGUGCUGGUUGCGACGGAUAUUCUUGUAUCCUCGACGGAUCCACAGGAAAUGAUCCGUCAGGCACAGCAACUCGGCCGUGCCACAGCCCUGCUCAUCCAGAGCAUUAAGGGUGAAGCGGAAGGACAGAAUGAUCAGAGCAUGCAGCGGAAGUUGCUGGAGGCAGCCAAACAGUUAGCUGAUGCCACCGCACGAAUGGUGGAAGCGGCACGACUGUGUGCCGGUAAUCCUCACGAUUCGAGCCACCAAGAGUCCUUGCGUGCAGCAGCUGAAGAGUUGCGUGUCAUAACGACGACAACGGCCAAUACGCCGGCCAUGAAGCGGCAGUUGAUUGGACGGUUGGAACAGUGUGCUAAGCAGGCAGCAUCGGCCGCUACCCAGUGCAUCACGGCGGCCCAGAACUCGCUCGUGCACAGCACGGACGUGCAGACGAAGGAGCUGCUCCUGCAGGAUUGCCAGGCGGUUGCGGAUCAGAUUCCACGGUUAGUGAUUGGCGUGAAGGGAACACUAUCGCGUCCCGAUGAUCCGAAUGCUCAGCUAGCACUGAUUGAUGCGGCCGAAAUGUUCCUCGAACCUGGCGCACAGAUGGCUGCCUCGGCCCGUGAACUACAACCGACGGUACAAGAUCAAGCGGCAGCUCAACAGUUGGGCCGUGGCUCCAUCAACCUGACGCACGCCAUUCAAGAUAUGCGAUUGGCGGCUCAUCGUGCUCGCGAAGCAUGCGGUGGAAAUGAGCUUGAUGCGGCCCUUGAAGCCGUUCGCAAUCUACGCAGCGUGCUGAAUGACACACGUAUUGCCGCCCAGGAAGGCACUCUGCGUCCCCUUCCGGGUGAGACGGCAGAAAGUAGCUUCAAGCAACUGUCGGCGGCUUCCACUGCGGCUGACGCUGCGAUGUGGCAACUUGCGACGGCCGCUCAGCAGGGCAAUCGUACGUACGCCGGUGUUGCGGGCCGUGAUACGGCUCUAGCACUCGGCGAGUACACGAAGAGCGUGCGGGGUGUGCUGGUGACGACGAAGAACCCAGCCGUCGUGGAUUAUGCUGACGACGUGAUCGUGGAUGCACUGCGCGUAAUCGAGGAAGCUCAACGAAGCUUGCAGAACCUUGAUAACCAGGAGGCGCUACUGAUUGCGGUCAAACGCACCAAACAAUCGCUCGGUCGCAUGAACGAUUGCAUGCCGGGUGUACGGGAUAUCAACGAAGCGUUCGAAACGAUCACCGAUCUAAGGGGCAUUCUGGAUACGGGCGAAUAUCCACCAUCCGAUCGACCAUACGGUGAGCUGCAGAGCGAGCUGAAGUCAGCGGCCGAACAGUUGAACAAUGCCGGCGGGCAGGUAGCACAUUCGUACGAAUCCCCGAUCAAGCUGGCCAACACGAGCCAAGAGUUCUGCCAGGCGUACAAGGAUCUGCUCACGGUAACGCUCGAGAUGGCCGGUCAGACGAGUGAGGAGCGAACGCGCGAGGAAAUCGUUAGCUCGCUGCGUGGCGUAUCAAAUCAAUCGAUCAGUCUGAUGGCGGCUGCCAAAAACGUGGCUGGCGACCUGCGACGCCCGAAUGCACGCAAUGAGCUAGCGUCGGCUGCCCGGCUCGUCACCGAGAGCAUUAAUCGGCUGGUGGACGUGUGCACGCAGGCAGCCCCGGGACAGAAGGAGUGUGAUGGUGCGAUCCGUUGUAUUGAAUCGCUUCGACCGUUGCUCGAGUCGGCUCAGGAGUCGCUCACCGACCAGGGUUACUUCGAGUGUCUUGAGACGGUGAUGGAGAAAUCGCGUACGCUGGGCGAUGGCAUGACCGGGAUAGCGAACAAUGCGAAAAACUCGAGGCACGUCGAGUUCGGCCAUUCGGUCAUCUCGGUGUCUGAGUCGAUCCGUGGGUUGAUUGAGUCCGCUGCUCAAGCCGCCUACUUGGUCGGUGUUUCCAAUCCGACCAGUGUUGGCGGUCGACCAGGAAUCGUCGAUCAAUCGCAGUAUGCUAGGGCAUCGCAAGCGAUCCGUCAGAGUUGCGACGUACUGCGUUCACCGUCCUCGUCCCAGCAGGAAGUACUGGCGGCGGCCACAAUCAUCGCAAAACACACGUCAUCCCUGUGCAAUGCGUGCCGUAGCGCUAGCUCCACGACCACGAACCCCGUAGCGAAGCGUCACUUUGUGCAGGCCGCAAAGGAGGUUGCAAACUCGACCGCCUCACUGGUGCGUGAAAUCAAGGCGCUCGAUAAGGACUACAGCACCGCAUCGCGGCAGCGAUGUGCCGAAGCCACGGAACCCCUGUUGGAAGCUGUUUCUUCGCUCUGCCAGUUCGCCUGCUCGCCGGAGUUCAUCUCGAUACCGGCACGCAUCUCGACCGAGGGCAGAAAGGCCCAGGAACCGAUUCUAUCGGCCGGUGGCGGCAUUCUGGACGGUGCAGUAGAGAUGGUUCGUACGGCGAAAGUACUUGCACUGACACCUACCGAUCCACCGGUCUGGCAGCAGCUGGCCAUCCACAGUCGCAACGUGUCGGAAAGCAUCAAGCGGCUCGCUUCGAGUAUCCGCGAGAAGGCCCCAGGACAGAUGCAGUGCGAUCAGGUAUUGGAGGUGCUGAAGGAUUGCUCACGUGAGCUGAAUGCUGCCUCGUUGGCCGUCGGCGUUGAUGGAUUGCCUCAACGCAAGGACAACAAUCUGCAGGGUUUCACCAACCAAUCGCUGAACGCAGCCUCGGAGUUGAUCGAUCGUCUGGAACCGGUUAAAUCAUCGGCAAAGAAGAAUGCUGAAAGCCUGGGCCACGCCGUUAACCAGAUCGCAAAGCACAUUGUACCACUAACGGGAGGUGUGAUUGGCGCUUGCUCACAGCUCGUUCACUCCGGCCAACAGACGGUGCUGAUCAACCAGGUUAAAUCGGUAGUCGAGUGCUGCUCGCAGCUCGUCCAGACGGCCAAGAGUGCUGGUGGAAAUCCACGUGCGGCUCAGCUGCACCCGGAGCUGGAUGAAGCGGUUGAGGCAACGCGUGAAGCGAUCCAAGAGCUGAACGCCACCGUCGAACGCCUAUCGACCGAGAACGGUGUCGUAACGGGGCUGAUGGAGCAGGUGUCCCGCUCGAUGUCACGCAUCUCCGAUAAACGCCAAUCGUUCCUGGGUGCUUCGCUGAAUGACACUUACGUCGAUUAUCAGACGCGCAUGGUACAGAGCGCCAAGGAGAUUGCACGCUACGCGAAUGAAAUCAACGCGAAAGCUGCAAUCGAUCCAUCCAAGUUGGCGCAGCUGUGCGUGGAGAUGACACACCAUUACACGCAGCUUGCGCAGGAUGCAAUCGGUGCGUCAGCCUUGACCACAUCGCCCGAUGUAGCCAUUCGUAUCCGUAACACGGUACAGGAUUUGGGACGCUCCGUGAACACACUGAUCCAAUCGACCACCGGCAUUCGAAAGGACGAUAGUAGCGGACUGGUGGAGAUCUCUCGUGGUGCGCGUGACGUUUCGGAGAAGGUGGCACAAGUACUGGCCGCUUUGCAGGCCGGUUCCCGUGGUACGCAGGCGUGCAUCAACGCAUCGAGCACGGUGUCGGCCAUCAUCAGCGAUCUCGAUACGACGAUCAUGUUUGCUACGGCCGGAACGCUGCAUGCGGCCAACGACGAGGAAGGUCGAUUCUCCGAUCAUCGCGAGCACAUCUUGAAGACCGCGAAGGCGUUAGUUGAGGACACGAAGAUACUGGUCGCAGGAGCCGCCGGAACGCAGGAUCAGCUGGCAGCCGCAGCACAGAACGCAGUGACCACGAUCUUGCAACUGGCCGACGCGGUUAAGCACGGGGCGGCAUCGCUCGGUUCCGGGCAGCCCGAUUCGCAGGUGAUGGUGAUGAACGCGGUCAAAGAUGUCGCGGCAGCACUCGGUGAGCUCAUAAACGCUACUAAACUCGCCUCCGGCAAGCCCAUUAACGAUCCAGCUAUGAAUGACUUGAAAGAUAGCGCUAAGGUUAUGGUGAUGAAUGUCACCUCGCUGCUUAAGACGGUGAAGGCGGUCGAAGAUGAACACACGCGUGGUACGCGUGCCAUGGAGGCGACGGUCGAUGCCAUCUCGCAGGAGCUCCGUUCGAUGCAGUACGCCCCGGAGAUGAUGCGAUCGAGCAUGCAGCAGCUAUCGAAACCGGAAGAUCUGAUCACCGUCACCAAGCA